AGAAAAUAUAAAGAACAAGUAAGAAUUAGCAGCAAAAACACCUUCCUUGGUUGCUGGAGUACUUUACAUACUCUUGGAACUUCUGAGAGAAUCAGUUUUGAUUUAAGAUUCUAAGAUCUAGUCAGACUCUAUGUAUUACCAAAACCAGCACCAAGGAAAGAGCAUACUCUCUUCUUCAAGAAUGCACUUACCUUCUGAGAGGCAUACCUUCCUUAGAGGAGGGAAUAGUCCAGGAGAUUCUGGUCUCAUCCUUUCAAUCGAUGCAAAGCCACGGUUAAAAUGGACUCCAGAUCUUCAUGAGAGAUUCAUUGAAGCAGUUAAUCAACUUGGUGGAGCAGAUAAAGCUACUCCUAAAACAAUCAUGAAAGUCAUGGGUAUUCCAGGUCUUACUUUAUACCAUCUCAAAAGUCAUCUUCAGAAAUACAGGCUGAGCAAGAAUCUCAACGGACAAGCUAACAUCAGCUUAAACAAAAUAGGUAUGAUGACCAUGAUGGAAGAAAAGAGCCCUGAUGCAGAUGAAAUUCAAAGUGAGAGUUUAAGCAUUGGACCACAGCCAAAUAAGAACUCGCCUAUAAGUGAAGCACUACAUAUGCAAAUAGAGGUCCAAAGAAGGCUUCAUGAGCAACUUGAGGUACAGCGACAUUUGCAGCUCAAAAUAGAGGCUCAAGGAAAGUACCUGCAAUCAGUUUUGGAGAAGGCGCAAGAGACUCUUGGAAAACAAAACCUCGGUGAAGCUGGACUCGAAGCUGCCAAAGUUCACCUCUCUGAGUUUGUAUCUAAAGUAUCAGCAGAGUACCCAAACACUAGCUUCCUAGAACAAAAAGAGUUCCAAAACCUAUGCACACAACGGAUGCAACCACCUGAUUUCUCCCUAAAAAGCUGCUUAACCUCAAGCGAGAGAGCUCAGAAGAACCCUAAAAUACUAGAGAACAAACUAAGAACAUAUCUUGGUGAUUCAACAUCCGAGAAGAAAGAACCAAUGUUCCAACGGAUGGAGCUCACGUGGACGGAAGGUCUAAGAAGGAAUCCACAUCUUUCAACAAUGGUUAGUGACGCAGAACAAAGAGUUUCGUAUUCAGAGAGAAGUCCAGCUAGGUUGUCAAUAGGAGUAGGAAUGCAUGGACACAGAGAUCAUCAACAAGUCAACAAUGAGUUUAAAGAUGAAAGAUUCAAAGACAAGAGUGAAGAUCAUAAGAUUGAAACCCAAGGCACAACAACAGAGCUAGAUCUUAACACUCGAGUUGAUAACUAUUGUACAACGCGUCCUAAACAGUUCGACUUAAAUGGUUUUAGCUGGAACUGAAAAGUAUCCUCUACAAUCUUGAAUCAAUAUUGUUAUUACGUACAUCAUAUAUACAGAGCUAGAGCUAAUAUUUUUCGAUUAAAAUUUAUAAUUUUUCUUUUUAUAGCUUAAAAACUUGACAAGAACGAGACCAAACCGUUAUCGAACCGGUGCAAGAUAAUAAUACACGUUGUGCUUAUCAUGGGUUUUUGGGCAAUUAAAAAUAGAAGACGUGACGGAGCCGUUAAUGGUGGUUAUGUGUAAAAGGAUUGGUCUUUAGUAGCUGUUCUUUUGAGGCUUGCUGAUGAUAUGUUUGCAGAUGUGUGUGUGGUUAGGUUGUUGGUUAUCCAGAUGAUAAUAUAACAAUAAU